CCCUGUGAUUAUCAGCACACAUACUCAUCGAAAAAAAAUUGGAUUAUUAGAAGAGAGGUCUGCGGCUUCCACACCGUGGUUUUUCUUCUCGGUAUAAAAGCAAAGUUGUUUUUGAUAUGUGACAGUUUCCCACAAGCCAGGCUGAUCCUUCUCUGUUGAUCCACUUCUGUUGACCAAGCCUGCCCUUGGACAAGCACCCGAUGCCCAACCCCAGGCCAGCCAAGCCCUUGGCCCCUUCCAUGGCCCUCGGCCCAUCCCCAGGAGCCUCACCCAGCUGGAGAGCUACACCUAAGGCCUCAGACUUGCUGGCACCCAGGAGCCCAGGGGAAACCUUCCAGGGCCGGGACCUCCGCAGUGGGACUCAUGCCGCUUCCUCCUCUUUGAACCCCCUACCACCAUCACAGCUUCAGCUGCCCACAGUGCCCCUAGUCAUGGUGGCACCCUCUGGCGCACGGCUGGGAUCCUCACCUCACCUGCAGGCACUUCUGCAGGACAGGCCACACUUUAUGCACCAGCUCUCCACCGUGGACACCCACGCCCGGACCUCUGUGCUACAGGUGCGCCCACUGGACAACCCAGCCAUGAUCAGCCUCCCGCCAUCCACGGCUGCCACUGGGGUCUUUUCCCUUAAGGCCCGACCUGGACUACCACCUGGAAUGAAUGUGGCCAGCCUAGAGUGGGUAUCCAGGGAGCCAGCACUGCUCUGCACCUUCCCAAGCCCCAGUCCACCCAAGAAGGACAGCACCCUUUCAGCCAUGCCCCAGGGCUCCUUCCCUCUGUUGGCAAAUGGUGUCUGCAAGUGGCCUGGAUGUGAGAAGGUCUUCAAGGAGCCAGAGGACUUCUUCAAGCACUGCCAAGUGGACCACCUCCUGGAUGAGAAGGGCAGGGCACAGUGUCUCCUCCAGCGAGAAGUGGUGCAGUCUCUGGAGCAGCAGCUGGUCCUGGAAAAGGAGAAACUGGAAGCUAUGCAGGCCCACCUGGCAGGGAAAAUGGCACUUACUAAGGCUCCAACAGCGGCGUCAUCCGACAAGGGGUCGUGCUGCAUUGUAGCUGCUGGCACCCAGAGCAGCAGUGUCCCAGGCUGGCCCGAUCCCCAAGCGGCCUCUGAUAGCCUGUUUGCUGUGCGGAGGCACCUUUGGGGCAGCCAUGGAAAUGGCACCUUCUCAGAGUUCUUCCACAACAUGGACUACUUCAAGUUCCACAACAUGCGGCCCCCUUUCACCUAUGCCACCCUCAUCCGCUGGGCCAUCCUGGAGGCUCCUGAGAAGCAGCGGACUCUCAAUGAAAUCUACCGCUGGUUCACACGCAUGUUUGCCUAUUUCAGAAACCACCCUGCCACCUGGAAGAAUGCCAUCCGCCACAACCUGAGCCUGCACAAGUGCUUCGUGCGGGUGGAGAGCGAGAAGGGGGCUGUGUGGACCGUGGAUGAAUUUGAGUUCCGCAAGAAAAGGAGCCAGCGACCCAGCAGGUGCUCCAACCCUACAUUAGGCCCCUGACCUCAAAGCCAAGGAAAGGAAGAAGGAUGGAAGGGGUCAAAAUUGGAGGCAGAAGUGGUGGGAGCAGGGCAGGCAGGCCCUGGACAUGUCCACAGGGACCAAGAAACGAGAUAUCCACUGUCUCGCCUGCCACAGCCCCUGUUCCCCAGCUUAGCCGCCCUCCUGGAUCUUAUCUUCUGCCCCAACGCUGUUCAGAGGGUCUCCAGUCCUAGCCCAGCCCCCACCUUCACCACAGCCCCCACUAUGGGCCCUCACAGCCAGCCACACAUACAGCCUCCCUCGGCCACCCUCACAGAUUAUCUCAGAGUGGAAAAGUCACACACAUACACACACGCAGUCACAAUCCUGUCCCCUAGACACCCACAAACCCCAAGACACAAAGAACUUGCCUUGGUAUAUUCAAAUGUCCUCAAUGCUGUGUAGUCACAUAAACAGUCAUAUUCGAGCACAGUCCUAUCAACUCACAUGCCCAAAAGCACAAAGCCACAGCCACCCUCUGGGCCCACGGAUCCGAGGUCAAGCAGAGGUAUGCCCAGGCCCCCCAAACAGAAGCAGCAUCAAUCAGUACCCUCAGGAUCACAGGUCACAGAAAGCCACACAGACACUUAACUGGGCACACAUGGUCUCAUGCAACUCCCAACACAUGGGCUCAGUCACAGACACAGCCUGUUAAGACUCACCUUCGUAUCUCGCAUACGGGCACACACAUGCACACUCAUAGCUCCCCAGUGUGUCUCCUGAGUCCCAUGAAGACACACACUGACUCACCAGAAGGUACUGGGUGUCUCACUU